CUAGAUUUUGAUUGGUCUGUGGAAUGCUGCCUGCUGGUGUCAAAAAUGAGCGUAAAUUUGCAAAUAAAAAAUUAUUUUGAAGAUGACGGCGAAGACGAGUCUGACGGCGGCGGAGGUUGGCAACAGGAACUACAGCGCAGAUACAUGCAAGACGCCACUUUUAUGGCAGAACUACGUGCAAGAAGUAUUUCGGGUACAUUAAAUGUUGUCAGUCCACCAGAACACGUUAAUCAUCAGUUUCAGCAAGCACCUUAUGUGCACGGACAAAAUUUUAGAAUGCAAGGGGUGCAUUAUCCUGUACAUCCUAAGAAUUUUGGUAGCAACGAUCAAGUUCAUGAAUUGUUUGGUCAACAACUUCAGUAUCCCCGCCAGGACAAUCAUUCAAACGUUGGACAGGAAUCUUUACAUCGCGAAGAAUUAGCCGAACAUCAAGAAGUACGCAAUAAGGAAACCAUAGAAUUUGAGGAAGCUCUUAAACAGUGGGUCAAUAGAUAAGUUUUAAAUUGCAGUAAAACAGAUUACAUUUUUUUGCCAUAUGAAUAGUUAUGUUGGACAGUAGUCAUUCCUCAUUAAAUCUACCCAACGCCAUCAUUUAAA